GACGGCAGUUCCGUGUCCAGUGGGGCGGUGGGAGCGAUGAGGGCACUGAGACCGUGGUAGGCGUUGUGUGAAGAUGGAGUUUCCCGGAGGAAAUGACAAUUACCUGACGAUCACAGGGCCCUCGCACCCCUUCCUGUCAGGGGCCGAGACGUUCCAUACACCAAGCCUGGGUGAUGAAGAAUUUGAAAUCCCCCCUAUCUCCUUGGAUUCUGAUCCCUCACUGGCUGUCUCAGAUGUGGUUGGCCACUUUGAUGACCUGGCAGACCCUUCCUCCUCUCAGGAUGGCAGCUUUUCAGCCCAGUAUGGGGUCCAGACAUUGGACAUGCCUGUGGGCAUGACCCAUGGCUUGAUGGAGCAGGGCGGGGGGCUCCUGAGUGGGGGCUUGACCAUGGACUUGGAUCAUUCUAUAGGAACUCAGUAUAGUGCCAAUCCACCUGUUACAAUUGAUGUACCAAUGACAGACAUGACAUCUGGCUUGAUGGGGCAUAGCCAGUUGACCACCAUUGAUCAGUCAGAACUGAGUUCUCAACUUGGUUUGAGCUUAGGGGGUGGCACCAUCCUGCCACCUGCCCAGUCACCUGAGGAUCGUCUUUCAACCACACCUUCACCUACUAGUUCACUUCAUGAGGAUGGUGUUGAGGAAUUCCGGAGGCAACUUCCCAGCCAGAAGACAGUUGUGGUGGAAGCAGGGAAAAAGCAAAAGGCCCCAAAGAAGAGAAAAAAGAAAGAUCCUAAUGAACCUCAAAAACCAGUUUCAGCAUAUGCUUUAUUCUUUCGUGACACACAGGCUGCCAUCAAGGGACAGAAUCCCAAUGCCACUUUUGGGGAGGUUUCAAAAAUUGUGGCUUCUAUGUGGGACAGUCUUGGAGAGGAGCAAAAACAGGUAUAUAAGAGGAAAACUGAAGCUGCUAAGAAAGAGUAUCUGAAGGCUCUGGCUGCUUAUAAAGACAAUCAAGAGUGUCAGGCUACUGUGGAAACAGUGGAAUUGGAUCCAGCGCCUCCAUCACAGACUCCUUCUCCACCUCCUGUGACUACUGCUGACCCAGCCUCUCCAGCAGCAGCCUCAACAGAGCCCCCUGCCCUGUCUCCUUCCAUUGUUGUUAAUUCCACUCUUUCAUCCUAUGUGGCAAACCAGGCAUCUUCUGGGGCUGGGGGCCAGCCCAAUAUUACCAAGUUGAUUAUUACCAAACAGAUGUUGCCCUCUUCUAUUACUAUGUCCCAAGGAGGGAUGGUUACCGUUAUCCCAGCCACAGUGGUGACCUCCCGGGGGAUCCAACUAGGCCAAACCAGUACAGCUACUAUCCAGCCUAGUCAGCAAGCCCAGAUCGUCACUCGGUCAGUGCUGCAGGCAGCAGCUGCAGCAGCAGCUUCCAUGCAACUGCCUCCGCCCCGACUACAACCCCCUCCGUUGCAGCAGAUGCCUCAGCCCCCGACUCAGCAACAAGUCGCCAUUCUCCAGCAGCCUCCCCCGCUGCAGGCCAUGCAGCAGCCCCCGCCUCAGAAAUUCCGAAUCAAUCUACAGCAGCAGCCGCCGCCACUGCAGGUCAAGCUUGUGCCUCCGCCCACUCUAAAAAUGCAGACUACCUUGGUUCCACCACCUGUAGAAAGGAGUCCGGAGCGGCCUGUGAACAGCAGCCCUGAGACCCACACAGUGGAGGAAACCUCUCCUGAGACAAUCUGUGAGAUGAUCACAGAUGUAGUUCCUGAGGUUGAGUCUCCUUCUCAAAUGGAUGUUGAAUUGGUGAGUGGGUCUCCUGUGACGCUCUCACCCCAGCCUCGAUGUGUGAGGUCCGGCUGUGAGAACCCUCCCGUUGUGAGUAAGGACUGGGACAAUGAGUACUGCAGCAAUGAGUGCGUGGUGAAGCACUGCAGGGAUGUCUUCUUGGCCUGGGUAGCCUCUAGAAACUCAAACACAGUAGUGUUUGUGAAAUAGUCCUGUUCUCCAAGCCAGUGAAGACUGACCUGCUGGCAACAUGUCCACCGAGCCUGUUUUUAAGACAAGCUGGGCUUCUGGUAGUGCCUGAUCUCAACCCAUGAUGGUCCUUUAUGUCCUUCACGUUUCUCCCCUUUUAUCUCUCUUCUACAGGGGCCAGGCUAUGAAGCAGGGCCAUUGAGUUUGCUGGAAUUGCUUUUUACUUUCAUGUACAAGCAGAGAUAUCAGUGAUAAUAACAGAGGAAAGGGUGAAGGGCAUAUGAACAAGCAGAACAUAGGGGUGGUGGCUAGGGGUGGGGAAUUGUUUGAGGAAAACUUGUUGGUAUAAUUGUCAUAGGACUUGCCUAAAAUACUAUUAAAAUGAUAGGAUAAUACUCAGCUUUGAGCCUAGGAGGAAACAUCACUGUGUGCAUCCAUUUUAAAGGGGCUAAAAAAAGGCUGCAUUAAAGGUUACCUCUUAAACAGGGAACUAUUACUGUCACAUCUGCACAUUCAUUAUUUUGAGAACAAAGGUUUUCAACAUAGUAAGCACACUGGGCUGUAGAGAAAAUAACAUCACCUAGGAGCGUCUUUUAUUUAUUUCUCUGCAACAGUAUUUCUGUAGUCAACGCUUUUCCUUAUCUCAGUUAUCACAGUUUAUGAGUGCAAAAGGCAGAACUCUAUACCCUUAAUAUAAGAGGUUUCACCAAAGUCUAAAGAA